UUGUUUUUCUGCUUACUAGACUGUUUUCCACUAUUUGCUUUCAAUCAUGCCUGAACUGGCCAAAUCCGCUCCGGCUCCCAAGAAGGGCUCAAAGAAGGCUGUCACCAAGGGGCAAAAGAAAGACGGCAAGAAGCGCAAGCGCAGUCGCAAGGAGAGCUACUCCAUCUAUGUGUACAAGGUGCUGAAGCAGGUGCAUCCGGACACGGGCAUCUCGUCCAAGGCCAUGGGCAUCAUGAACUCGUUUGUCAAUGACAUCUUCGAGCGCAUCGCAAACGAGGCUUCUCGCCUGGCGCAUUACAACAAGCGGUCUACAAUCACAUCGCGGGAGAUCCAGACGGCGGUGCGUCUCCUACUGCCCGGAGAACUGGCUAAGCACGCUGUGUCGGAGGGCACCAAGGCGGUCACCAAGUACACAAGCGCCAAGUAGAGGUCUCCUGGAUGAAGCGCUCCGGGCCCUUUUGGGCUUUAAAGUCUCUUGCAGUCACUCGCUCAAAUCAGGAGAGAGCUUUGUCCACUCGCAUUAGUUUUCUAGUUCCUAUUCCAAAGUUACUUUAAGGGUCUUGGAAAAGGUACACUCAAGACAUUAAGCCUUUGUGGUUUUGAGUUUCCCUGUGGGUUAUCAGGUUUGCAGUUAGCUGCACCCUACUUAGUUUCUUGGAGUUCGUUUUAGACUAGGAUAACUGAGGUGGGUCUCUGGGCCCGGCUUCCGUGUUCUAGUCUGUUGUGUCCCGGUGCCUUUUGCUUGACCUAAAGUGAGGUGGUUUCCUUACCUUGUCGAUUAGAGCCUUCUAAUCAGCUAAGUCUGUGUUGAUGAAUGCUGGGUACCAGCCAUCUAAAACUGAAACUGCUCUGACUUUAGUAGCUGUGUCCUGGGCACCAGCGGUUAGGGCUGCUUAGGGCGGUGUCCCUCUGACUUACUGAUGUAUAAACACGAGUGCUUCGCGUUGCUGCAGAUUCGUUAGAAAUCUGUUGUAGUUCUCUAUCAGACUUUAGAAUCCCUGUUCGUGUCUUGUUUUGUUCUGUUUAGGUUCUUGUUUGUUUGUUUGGUCGGUUGGUUGGGUUUUUUUCUUCCCAUUUAAUACUUUGCGUUAACCGCUGCAAUGCCAGGUUACCACAAGGAUACUGUUCCUUUUCUCUCUGGGCCCGUGAAGCCAUCUUUCUAAUCCACACACUCAGUAAUUAGCAUUUUUUUCUUCCUGUCGUGUCUCCAGGAAAAGUUGUCUGAAGUUCCCUUUGCUUUUUUGUUUACAUUGUUGCUGGUCAAGCUGGCCUGACAUUUUUAUACCCACCAAUGUCUUACUCACAGCAGAUGAUACUUUUUUAAAUUACCUAUUGAAUUAAUUUUUGUAUCACUGCUUCUUUUGAAUUACUUAUUGAAUUAAUUUUUAUAUCAAGGCGGGGCGGCAGGGGCUUUGUCCAUUUGAUGUAUGUGAAGACACCUUGGAAUGGAAAUGUUUUGAGGAUUCUUUUUCCAAAUUUGUCUCUAGUUAUAGUUACUGUGGUGGCUGUUCUUGGUUGUCAACCCAAGCAGGUAGGUACACCUGUGGGGAACUUUUUUUUUUUUUUCUUAAUUCCAUAAUUUGAAGUGAGAAGAACCACUUUUAAUCUGGAUCUUUUGAAGUGGCAAGAUCCACCUGCAAUCUGAGCCACCCCUGCUGGCAGCUUCUAUUAAAGGAGUUUGAAGAAAGAAGCUUGUUCUUUGCGUGCUUACAAAGAUGUCUACUUUAACUGGCAUUAGAGCCUACUAAUUCAGGAUUCUGACAUACACUGAACACCAGCCUUGUGGACUGAACAACUACUGGAUUAUUGGACCUUCCGUUAGUAAAUAGCCAUUGUUGGACUAGCUGGAGUCAUCUGUUUAUGCUCGCGUACAUGUGUGUAUGUUUACCAGGGAUGGCAGUAAUAGUUCCCUUAAAUUUGCCAAUUUAGAGUAAGCUCUUGGAUUUUCAUUGAAUUGAGAACGGUGGCCUUCCUGGGGAGAGACUUUUUACUGCCACCACCACCCCAUUCCCAAUUGUUCUAUUCCCUACAGAGAUAAACUUUCAUUUUCCAAUUGUCCCUGUCUUUUACAUUUCAGAGGGCUCGCCGGUAGGCUAUGGAGUGAAUGGUGAAGUUAAUGGGAGCUAAAUGGGUUGGUUCCGCUGGCCGAUGCUUGGCCAACACUAUACACUUUUGUCUCCCUACCUGAAGACAAACAGCCUGGGCUUUCUUUUGUGGAGUGUAGCAUUUUGCAUUUUUCCUUUGAAGUCUUGAUUUUGUUGGCGAAAUACUUGACGGUCUGAUCACUUUCUCAGGUCUGCUUUACGGUAAGAGUUCCUGGAGCUUUGUGAAUCCAAAAACGAGUUCCAGACAUUGUCAUGAAUAGAAUAAAUUCUGUUUCCUGCAUGUGUGUUUUCAAGUGUGUGGACACUGUUAUUAUCAUUAAUAAAGUUGCCACUUAGUUUCAAA